GAAAGCUCUGCAGUUUGGCUGGAGGGAAAAAGGCUACAAAAGAAGAUCUGCCUUCCCACAGGAGAAAAAACCUCCCACCAGACCUUGAUUCAGGCUUAAAUUGUACAUACAUCUGGUACUGAUGUCUGGUACAUGACACUGAUGCUGUCAGCUAUACGACAGAACCUCCAGGUGGUUUCUCCUCAGAGAGCUACAACCAAAGUAGCCUGUUUCUGGCCAAUCCAGGACACGGAGGUUUUGAAGGGACACAAGAAAAAUAGAGCCAAAGUAAACAUCAGCAAUGAAAGAGGAGAGGAAGAAACAAAAAUAGCAAUGGAAAUCUGUCAGGAGGCUGAACGUGGUCUUUUGCGAUGCCUGUGUCUUCCCAGAUGCAACAAAACCGAGACUGGAGAGGCAGAUGGAUCAUUCUUUACCAGCUGCCAAGGCCAAUACUGCUGUAUAGCCCUUGCUCUCAGCAACGUCCUCAGUGUCCUGGUGAUGGGGUGCCUUGUAAGGACUGCAGAUCAAGCUUCGUACUACCUUUGCACUUCAGGCUCUCUGUGCUGCAUAAAGCUGCACCGUUCAGAAGAAGCAAGACUGUCUUUCCUUACAGCUACGAUGCUGCACCGCUUUCGACACAGCGUGCUUUUCCCUGCGUUUACCUGGGCGGCUGCUGCUCUUUCUGCUGCUGCUGGGGCUGCUGCAGUCUUGCUGCCUGCGCUUCACCCUGGCUUGAUUGACUCGAAACUCUCUCGUCUGCACAUUGCUAAGGAAGAAGAACGAUGGAGCCGCAUUUUUUUUUUUGUUGGCUCUGGAAGCAAAGGGUUGCGAUAUGUGAUGAUUUUGGGAUUUUUUUGGUGGGGGGGAAGGAGGAGAAAAGAAGGGUGUUAAUCUAGGAUGGGGUGGGUGAAAGCUUAAAGAAAUAUUAUGUAAAGUAAUCCAGUGCUCGACAAGGGCAUCAGCAACAAGAAUCCAGCCUCUGCUGCUCCACAGGAUUAACAUGGGGAAGCCACAGUGCUGCAGUCAGGUUUCACCUCAGUGUUGUGCUGGAGACGGAUAAAUAAGGUAUCGGUUGCAUCUGCCUGAUAAGGCAAAGCCAAAGGGAGAAGGAGAGAGCGAGCAAAUGCAAAUGCAAAGGAAGAAGAAACGCUACGUGCCGUUUGUCUGAUUCUGUGGAUUCUCAUUGCAGAGAGGAUGGCUUGAUUAACAAAGCAAUGUAUGGACCGAGGGACUGUAAAUCGUAGCUUGAACACUCCUGGUGCUGUCAAGGAGUGAACUGAUGAGUUAGGUGGCUGCAGGAAUAUCCCCAGGGAAAACAGCAGCCACUCACUCCAUGUAUAUCUGUGUAUGUAUGUGCUUUUGUGUGUGCGUGAACAUGUAUGGAAAUGAAAGCAAGACAUUUCUGACCAAUUUACAGAGGACUUUUGUCACUCUGCUGGGUCAGACCUGAUUGCAGCUUGUAUUUUCAGCUAUAGCUCUACACCCAUUUCCUGACUGAGGUGGCACUUUGUGAAAACAGAUGGUAGGCAGUAUUCUUUUAAGAAAUAUGAAAGCAGAUCCUUUCUGCUUAACACCUUAAAGCACUGAAUCUUCUGCACUGUGCUGAGAAAAACCAUGGGGCUUCGUUUUCUCCAUCUUAAAAUCUCUAUAAACACAGCUGUAUUCAGUAUGGUGAAAAGUUCUAUACUGUAAAUAGAAAUGUGAUCAAUCUAAUCAAAAUAAAUGCAUCCCAGAUGACUUCUAGACCAGCUGGCUACCACAGUCAUCAGAUGACUAAAUCCUCAACUGGGCAUUUAUAUUCAGUGUUAUAUUUGCAUCUUUUUCUUUUCUUUUUUUUUAGAUUUUCAAAAUCAGCCUCUAAUUGAAAAAGAUUCUUCAUAUAUUGAGAAAAGGCAAUGCUUACAUUUGGCAAUCAAUUUCUGUGAAAUGUAGCUGGGUGUAUUUUUUACUGCCAAACCUGCAUGAGGAAGACUGUGUUUUUAGGGCAGGUAGACUUGUCACGGUAGAGGCAUAUUUCAUUUGGUAGGCAGCUCAGCUUGGCCAUGUCUGAACAAUGCAGAAAUAGGGGAAACAAGUGCUGCAGUCAGCUAGCAAGGCUUGGCAUGGCUGCUAGCAGCUGCAUACCGAGAAAGAGGUUUUUUUCCCUUUCCUUUUUUUCCCUUUUGUACAAAGCCAUAGACCAUAAUGUCAACCUAAAAUAUGUACGAGGGGAUUUUCCAAUAGUCAUGGUGAGCUACCCUGCAAGAUGCCGGACUGGUCCUUCCACUGUUUGUUCCCCCGCCUACAAAGGCAGCCCUCUGUGUUGGAUUAUAUUUAGCCAGCUGUUGGAUAACAUUCUUGUGCUGGGGGCAAAGGAGUCUUAUUACUCCCAAACUGUAGUUUUCUGUUUGCUUAAAGAAAAAUAACUUUGGCAAUACAGCAGGCUCUGCAAAGGAGUUUAUGCCACUACCUAUACCUUUCUGAAACUGUCAUGUUCUUCUAACUCAGGCAGCUUAAAGCAAGAAAGGAGGGAGGAGGAGAGACUCUUAGCUCACAGCUUCAAAGCUGCAGAGAUGAGCAAAAUGUCAGCAGCUUGUAAUUAGGAGCCCACGGUUACGUCAGUGACUGUAUCUCUCCAAGAAUAGCUAUGUGAUGUGUGCCACAAAGCAAAGGAAGACUCUCAAAACCUGGUUAACAAGCCUGGUUCAAACAAGAAAGAGCAAAAUGGAUUAAUGAAUCUGCUGUGUUCCUAAAUCAGAUGUGGAUGGAUUACAUGCACAAGGCUUGCUGAAUUCUGCAGCAGUGAAGACUGAAUUAUCAGUUUGUUAGAGGGCAAGACAUUCACCGAAAGUGCAAAUCUUUCAGAAAAAAAUGCAGAUGAACAAUCUAUCCUUGAAAAUGUCUUUCCGAGCUCUGUCCUGUACAGGCAGCUGCAUGACAUGGAGGCAUGCUCGGAAGAGACCAGCAAGCUACGCACGAAGGUGUUUAGAGGAAGGGUAUAAUUAAACAUAAAGCAGGCUCGAUGAAAUUCUGUUCUGGCAUUACAGAUUUGAUACCAAAAUACCACCCCAGAGAAGACUGGCUGGGCUCUGGUGUGAUUUAUAUUAAGGCUUCUCUGGUUAAGAGCAAGGGGGGAGGGACGGGGCUUCGUGCAGCAUCUUGCAGUCAUGCAGAAAUCCCCAGAGCUGUGGGAAGUAGGAGGGAUGGGUGCAGCUAUGUGCUCUUAAAGACACAUGCCCAUAUCCCACCAAGGGGCUUUCUGACCUCUGCAAUUAUUUUUAGGUCUGUGAAGGCAACUCGGCAGUGCUUAAGCAGUGAGAUUGCAGGGGGUGCUUAAUCUGCUGCGACUGGCCUUUCUCUGUGUCAUGGCUGGAAUAUGUUAACAGUGCUUUUAUCAGUACCCCUCCACCACAUCCAGUGUGCAUGUCUGUCAGUGUUCCCGUCGCCCAAUUGCUGGAAGUCUGGUGUGGUUCCUUGCUCUCAGCAGAAGUCACUUGCAGUUAAGCUCUGUUGUAGUUGCUCUUUAAUUUACCGGGAUAGGUAGAUUGUCUUACACAAACAGUGGGGUGGGUGGUUUUUGGUUGUGGUUGUUUUUUUUGACUGUGAAUACAAAUUUGUAGGAGGAGGUGACUCUGUAUAUUAAACCAAUAGCUCUUUGAAUUGUGUGUAGUAUAAUUUAAAUAUACUCACUUUAAUUAAUAGAAGGUUACAAAAGCUGGCAUUGUCUGGGGCUGUUUAAUUUACAUCUUAGGUUUAGUCAAUGAGCAUAACCUGACUGAUUAGAAUAGUGUAUUCUGCGCAGCCAGCAGGGUGGAAGGCAUUAUUUUGUUUGUGUUAGUUCAAACAGCUGGUCAUUAAUGCAGGCCCCAUCUCCAGAAUGAAGUGCUAGUGGACAUGAAUGGCUGCCUGAUUAAUGCUGCCCCUCGAUGGGUCCUUCAUCCAGCAGCGAUGCUCGUAGCAGAAUAAUGCAGCGAGAUUUGAUUGCACUCUAACAGGGUAGUAUGUCAUUGUGUCACCGAGUGAUCGAGGUUAUUAUGGGGCAGGGCAGACAGACGGGACAGUGGGGUUACUAGACCGUGGCAUUUUUAGAAAUGCAGGGCUGACCUACUUAGAGUUAUUCUUGCUGGCUGGCAGCUGCCUGGUGCGGGGCUCCCCCGGAUAGGCUGCGGCUGUUGCUAGGGGGAAUUAGCAUGAAUUUUUCCACAUACAGACUCAGUGAUUGAAUGAUAAAAGCUGACUGGAAUUAAAGAGAUUCGGUUCAGUAUUAUGCAGAUUUAUCUCCUCAUUUUUUUUCUCUCUGUCAAGUGCAUAAAAAGGGGCAGAAAACAGUUUGUUUCCAUUUAUUUUUGACCUAUUUUUUUUUCCGGGGAAGGCCAGAAGUGUUGUGAAUUUUUGAUCGUAAUUUAAUAUUUAAACCAUUGAAAUGAUAUGAUAGUGGGCAUACAUCUUUAAUGUAUGGAAGGUUCAAAUGCUAUGUCUCUGGAAGGGAAUGAAAUGAAUAACAUAUUUUGUGUUCUGGUCAGACUGCUGCCUCUUUCGAUCUGAAGCUGUGUCAGAUUCCCUUAUCUGGAAAGGGGAAACAUAUAACAGGUUUUAUUGCAUAACAUUACUCUUGUCUAUUUUUAGCUAUCUGUACUUAAAAAAAAUUAGUCCUGUUUACGUUAGUGGAUGAAAUUAAUCCCCAGGCUAUGCCUCAUGUAUGUGGAGACAGAUGCCCCAGGUAGCUAUGGUGUUGUGGGUCAUGUUCAUCUGAAAAGGUGUUUACAUACUGCAAACUUAUCAGCACUGCAUACCUAGCAGCGUACUGAUGCCUGGCAUGUAAUCACAUCAAUAAGAGAAUGUCUUCUGGAUUUCCGAGUCUUUUUCAGGCUUUGGUUUGAAAUUGGAUUCUCUAGAUGGCCUUCCUUUAUUUAUCUACAUCUGCCUAAAAGAGUGGUAUCUUUUCAGAGAACUCUGUGCUCUCUCAGGAAGCAAAUAAAAACAAUACUCAGUGAAGAAUCCUUUGAUGUAAUUAUGAAUAUUUCCUUUGUUAUCAUCACUAAUUAUAGAAGAUCAUUGUUUAAAUUGCUGUCCCCCUCUGUAUGAUCUUUUGCCACAUGAAGAAGUUCUAAUUUAGUGCUUAUAAUUUCAAGUUAAAUUUUCAUGGCAACACAUCAUGACAUCACACUCGAAGAACUGGGAAUUUUCAAGAUAAAAGACAGUGAGGAUGGGGGAGAAGGACCCACAUGUCUUUGGAAUUGCAAAAUAAAAAAUAUGACUUGGUGAUGAAAAUUAGUGAACUCAUUUUUGUCUGAAAUAGUUUAAUUUGAAAUAUUAUAUGAAUGAGAUACCUUUUAGAGAGGUGUGAGCAGCAUGCAUGUCUGUCUGGACAGCCAGCAGCCUCCCUGGAACCAGUGCUCUCCUGCUUUGGCCCCUGGAGUUUCUUGGAAAGCAAUGAAGAGGAAGAAACUGGAAAUGAAGACAUGAAUUUGAAUGCAUUUUGUGACUGAGGCAAAACAUUCAGUUCCUACAGAGUUGAAUUUCCAGCUCUCUUUCCUGGCAUUGAUUCAUUACUGAAACUCAUAUCACUUCCUUCUCUGCUCCUUCCUGAUGGUCUCAUGAAGUGACAGAUUUUUAGAGAAGUGAAAGUGAAGAGGGGUACUAUUUGAUGCCCACUAACUGUGUUUGCCUUGCCUGUCCCUGGAGGUGACUGCAGAAAGUUUUGGGUCCACUUGCCUCAGCAAUAUUCUCAUGAUCAAAGUCUGAUCUCCUGCUCCACUUUCCUGCCGGAUGCUGCAGGAUGCUAGGCAACAGACCUUUGUCUACAAUUGUCUGUUGAAGUUCUUGCCCUUGUUGGUUGUAGCCAGUUGCAGUUUCAUCCAAUUCACCUGAGAUAUUAGCUGAAUUGGGCUUCAGGAAAUCAAAAUAAGCAUGCAAUGCUAUAUUAAAGCAGAAAUCCAUUUUCUAGUGAAAAAUAUUUGAGUGUUAUCUUAUUUUGGUAUAUUCUUGCUAAGAAAGGGGGAGUUCAAAGAAAAGCAACAGACAAGAUAAAGCAUAUACUCCGUGGAAAAGAGUUGUAUGCUUGUUGUUUAUUUGGGAUUUCAACACAGUGAAUGUUUAUAACAAACAUCAAAUCGGACAGUUUAACAAACCAUCAAGUGGUAUAUUAAAUAUAAAAAAUAUAAUGCACAAGAAAUUGUAUUCAGCAUUAAGCUACUUCUCUGAAAGUCUCUUUAAUGGCAGUUAUUCCAAAUAAAUGAAUGUAUGAAUGAUCUGAUCAUAAUACUUUGGGUAAUUAUAAGUAGCAGAAAUAUGGAGUUAAUGAAACAAAACCAAAAUCUGAGCUUUGUAUGUGUGUGUAUAAGGCAUAAGAAACAGGACACCAGAGGAGUUAGAAAUAUAUGUCUGUGUUGAAAAUAUUGUCAAUUGUGCACAUUCUUUUGAGAAAACCAUGUUAAUCAUUUUCUGAUGAUCUCCUCUGAGGUUUCUAUUGUUGCUACAACUUACACCUCCUACCUUGAAGUUUCUUACCUACAAAAGAUUGUGCUGUAUUGUUCAACAUUCUUGUACCAUGACCUCUCCUGUGAGCUAUGAAAGAUCUAUUAUGCUAGGGUGGCUAAAUGAGUGCUGAUUUACUGGGAGCAUAUGCAGGCAGUAAUUUUAAAUUUUUUUUCUCAGCAAAAUACCCAGAAUCCUACCUCCAUUUGCAGCUGUGAGGUGGCUGUGCUGCUUGGUGUAUUCCUGACUUCAAAGUCUUGGCAGGUCAUGGAUUUGUUGGGCAUUUUGUGAUUUUAUUGCAACUUUAUGUUUUUCUGAAAAUGAUCAGAGGAUACAGGAUAUAGAGCAACCCAUCUAGAUUUCCAUGAAGGGAUUACAGCCAGAAGGAGUGAGUUGACUCCCAGCCUUUACCUCCUGCCAGGGCCUUACAGAUCAGUUAUUCUGCAGCAGAUGUGUUUUAGUUCCGAUUUCAAACCAAAAGUACAAGGAAUUGUAUCGUAUUUCUUAAAAGACUGGCAGUUAGCACAUUCCUUUUAUUGCAAUGCAGUAGGGAAUACAAAUGUUUUACAAAUUAAAAUAAUCCUUACAAGAUUUUUUUCUGUGAUCCAUUAACACGGAAGCAAAGUCUGUAAUUUCCAUCAGCCAGGAGCAGCAUUAUUGUGGCUCCCACAUUCAUGGUUUUCCUGCAUCUGUGCAUAUGUGUGCCUAUGCACUCAGAAAUGCUACAUACAUGUAGCAUGUGAAUGUGUAUACAGGACAGAAGCAGAACUUACACAAAUACAACACUGAGGCAUAUAUAUAGUGUGUGGUCACAGUGUAAUACCCAAACCUGUACCUCUAGAUAUAUGAUAGUGGUUUGUUUAUGAUGAAAAGUGACUUGACAUAAAAUUUGUGCAGUUCUUGUGUA